GUGGGUCCGUUGGUCUGUCGGGAACGAGGCUCCAGCAGUCAGGACCGCGCGGCGGAGUAGUUGCCAUGGCAGCCGCUGCGGGGGGCGCGGAGGAUGAGCUGCGCUCCGACCGCUCGAGCUCCGAGGGCGAGUGCGCUGUGGCGCCGGAGCAGCUGACAGGCCCCGAGGGCCUCUUCUCCUUCGCCGACUUGGGGGCCGCGUUGGGCAGCAGCUCGAGCUUCCAGGGCCGGUCGUCGGAUGGAGCCCAGUCCCCACUGCGCUACCUCCAUGUCCUGUGGCAGCAGGACACCGAGCCCCGCGAUGAGUUGUGUUGUAAGAUUCCCGCCGGUCGGCUGAGGCGCGCCGCCAGGCCCCACCGACGGCUCGGGCCCACGGGCAAGGAAGUGCACGCCCUGAAGAGGCUAAGGGACUCGGCCAACGCCAACGAUGUAGAAACAGUGCAGCAGCUACUGGAAGAUGGCGUGGAUCCCUGCGCAGCUGACGAUAAGGGCCGCACAGCUCUGCACUUCGCUUCCUGCAAUGGCAAUGACCAGAUUGUGCAGCUGCUCCUGGACCACGGGGCUGAUCCCAACCAGCGAGAUGGGCUGGGGAACACGCCUUUGCACCUGGCGGCCUGCACCAACCACGUCCCUGUCAUCACUACCCUGCUACGAGGAGGUGCCCGUGUGGAUGCCCUGGACCGAGCUGGCCGCACUCCCCUGCACCUGGCCAAGUCUAAGCUGAACAUCCUACAGGAGGGUCACUCCCGGUGCUUAGAGGCUGUGCGGCUGGAGGUGAAGCAGAUCAUCCAGAUGCUGAGGGAGUACCUGGGGCGCCUGGGACGGCACGAGCAGCGGGAGCGCUUGGACGAUCUCUGCACCCGCCUCCAGAUGACCAGCACCAAAGAGCAGGUGGACGAGGUGACCGACCUCCUGGCCAGCUUCACCUCCCUCAGCUUGCAGAUGCAGAACAUAGAAAAGAGGUAGCAAGAGAGAGACUCCUCCCUGCC